UGCGCAGAGGAGAGCCCCCCGGGACGCCUGCGCCGUUAAACGAUAGCCUAGCCGUGAUGCAUGUUGCUCGAGGACGUGUUCUGGAGAAAUUAGACAGAAAUGUAGUUCUGGAGCUCCUUCCUAACCGAGCAUCAGCGAGCCAAAAAUGCAUGCAGACUUCUGUCGAACAAAAUGAGGCAAAACAUGACAGCUCAUCGUCUCCUGGAAUGACAGACCAAGAGAAAGAAGUGGCAGCCAGUGCAUAUGAAUCAUUUUCGGCUGGGAAGUAUGAAGAGUCUCUCAAACACCUUGAAGCCCUGCAGGAGCUCAACAAAGAGGACUACAAGAUCACCAUGAAUAAAGCUGUCGUUAAGUUUUACAAAAGUGGUCAGACUACCACAGGGAUUCUGAAGCAGUCUCUCAUGGCAAUGAAGAACCAGGUUCACACAUCAGCAGAGGACGCAGAUGGGUUGGACGAUGUUGAAAAUAGCUUGCUGUACUAUAAUCAAGCCAUCAUCCACUAUCAUAUGCGGCAGUUCUCUGAAGCCAUCUCCAUAGGGGAGAGGCUAUACCAGUUUCUGGAACCAUUUGAAGAGAAGUUUGCUCAGGCCGUGUGCUUCCUGCUGGUGGAUCUGUACCUGCUCACCUUCCAACCAGAGAAGGCCCUCCAUCUGCUGGCUGUGCUAGACAAGCUGUCUGUACAAGGAGGCAACAAGAAUGGCAAGGGAGAGAACAACACUUCAAACAAAGAUGGAGCGAACCAGAAAGCAGAGUUCACAGCCAUGAUUGAGGCGGCUAAAUCAAAGAUGCAUCAGUACAAAGUAAGAGCCUACAUUCAGAUGAAAUCCUCUAAGGCCUGUAAAAGGGAGAUCAAAUCAGUGAUGAACACAGCAGGGAAUUCUGCACCCUCACUCUUCCUCAAGAGUAACUUUGAGUACCUGAGAGGAAACUACCGGAAAGCAGUGAAGCUGCUGAACAGUUCCAACAUCGCAGAGCAUCCUGGACCCAUCAAGACAGGUGAAUGUGUUCGAUGUAUGUUCUGGAACAAUCUGGGCUGCAUUCACUUUGCAAUGGGGAAACAUAACCUAGGCAUUUUCUACUUCAAGAAGGCACUGCAAGAGAAUGACCACACAUGCGCACAGCUUGGAGACGGAAGUAACGGGCAAUCUAAGACGUUCACUGGUAUCCCCAUGUGUGCUCUACUAGCCAACAAGCGCUAUGAGCUUCUGUAUAACUGUGGUAUUCAGCUGCUGCACAUCGGCAGGCCUCUGGCAGCGUUUGAGUGCCUGAUGGAGGCUGUGCAGGUUUACCAUUCCAACCCUCGACUGUGGCUGCGGCUCGCAGAGUGCUGCAUAUCUGCUAACAAAGGGGGUUCAGAGCAGGAGAGCAAAGGUUUACCUUGUAAGAAAGGUAUAGUUCAGUCUAUUGUCGGGCAGGGCUACCAUCGCAAGAUUGUCCUGGCAUCCCAGUCUACUCAGAAUACUAUCUACAGUGAGGGCCAGUCGGCAGCUAUCCCAGUUGCCAGUAUGGAGUUUGCAGCCAUCUGCCUGAGGAACGCUCUGCUGCUGCUGCCUGAACAUCAGCAGCAGCAGGACACCAAGACAGAAACAGGCUCCAAGACUUCCAGUCAGUCAGGAAGCACAGAAAGUGGCAGUGAGAACAGUGAUGCCUGCAGUGGGAAAGGGCAGGAAGCUGAUAAGUUCUUAUCUGCAGCACCAUCGUCUCCUCUCAGAAAACAGGAGGUAGAAAACCUCAGAUGUUCCAUCCUGGCCUGUAGUGCCUAUGUGGCAUUAGCACUGGGAGACAACCUGAUGGCUCUAAACCAUGCUGAGAAACUACUCCAUCAAACUAAGGUGUCUGGGUCCCUCAAGUUCCUGGGUCACCUGUACGCUGCUGAAGCCCUCAUCUCAUUGGACAGAAUCUCUGAUGCUAUUGCUCACCUUAACCCAGAGAAUGUCAGUGAUGUUUCAAUGGGAGUGCUGACCAGCGAGCAAGAUCAAGGGUCUGAGAAAGGAGAUGAUACUGUCGAGUCUCGCAAGCAGACUCCUAUGUGUUACCCCAGCAGUGUGACGUCAGCUCGGGCCAUGAUGCUGUUCAACCUGGGGAGCGCCUAUUGCUUGAGGAGCGAGUAUGAGAAGGCCCGCAAGUGCCUGCAUCAGGCUGCAUCUAUGGUCAACACCAAGGAGAUUCCACCGGAGGCCAUCCUGCUGGGAGUCUACUUAGAGCUACAGAACGGAAACACUCAGCUGGCCCUGCAGAUCAUCAAACGGAACCAGCUGCUGCCCUCUGCAGUCCAGAGGGUCUCCCCAGACUCCCGCAAGAAAUCCAUCCAGCCCUUCCAGUCUGUCCAACCAAUCCAGCUGCCUUCAUCUUUUACACAAGUUCAACGCAAAUGAGCCUCCACAGCCACAUGUAGCCCACCUCCCCUCCCCUCCCCCCACUCACAGCACACAGUCCUGAGGAGCCUUGAUAUUUAUAAAGCUGCUUCCCCUCAGCAUCAGGAGCUAUGUGAAAUGCAGGCAUGGCUGCUGACUGAUGAGUGACUUUUUACUCCAUUUGACUGAGGAAUCUGUGUGUUGUCUCAACAAUGAAAAUAAAUUUUAUUUACUGUA